AUGGAACCUUCAGCACAGAUCCAGCAGGAUGAUUUCUCACACUUCCAGUUCAUUCAACAACCGACCCCUCAGCCUGUUACACUCUUCCAGCAGCUGCCCUCAGCAAUGUCUCCACCUGCACCUUUACGGCCAGGACAUAUCAAGGAAGACCUUGUAGAGCUGAUGAUGAUGCAGAAUGCUCAGAUGCACCAGGUCAUUAUGAACAACAUGACCAUGUCUGCACUCAGUUCUUUCGGCUACAUGCAAGCACCAGAGCAUCCAGGUCCACCUGUAAGAGUUGAGGUUGAUCCAGAGGUGUAUCACCACCACUACCCCUGCCCCUCCUGUGUAUCCUACCCUGUAUGGGUUCCUAUGCCUCUGUCACCGAUGCAGUCUCACAUCCCUCUUCAGACCAUUCCAAGCUUUCAGGAUCCUACAUACCCUCCACCCAACGUCCACAUAGAACACCGAGACAGGAAAGCUAUUCCUCCUACACUACCACCCAGCGCAACAGGCAUGGCUGGACCAAACAUUCCUCCUGCUGCAGAGUAUCAUGAAGCAGAAAGAAGGCAGCACAGAAAAGAGGAGACAGAACUGAAGCAGAAACAAUAA